AUGGAUAGAAACAGACCACAGCAUCCAUUCCAGCAACACUCUAUGGAACCUGGAUAUGUGAAUGACCCUGUCCCUCAAGGAUUUGCGAAUGCGAAUGCGAAUGUCCGACCUCCCAGUUCGAAUGCUUCAGAUGUCAAGCAGGUGCAUAAUUACUCCAUUCAGACAGGAGAGGAGUUUGCACUCGAGUUUCUGCGGGAUCGAGUGGUUACUCAGAGGUCUGCAAUCCCCAAUGCAGCUGGUGACAUGGCGGGGAAUGGGAUGAGAGAGUACGAGAGAGCAAACUAUCCGCUUCAUGAGCUUGGAAACAAACUUGGGCAUAUCCAGUCAGCGCCAGAGGCUUCGUUGUGUCAGGAUACGAGUUUAGGAAAUUUCCAUGGAUAUGCAUCUUCUUCAGCCUCGGGUACUUUGACAGCUAAGGUUAAAGUCCUUUGCAGCUUUGGUGGGAAGAUACUUCCACGUCCACGCGAUUCAAGGCUUAGAUACGUUGGAGGUGAGACACACAUCAUUUCCAUAAGGAAGGACAUAUCUUGGCAGGAGCUGAGGCAAAAAGUUCUUGAGAUCUACUACCGGACUCAUGUUGUCAAGUAUCAGCUUCCUGGUGAGGAUCUUGACGCCUUGGUCUCUGUAUCGUGUGAUGAAGAUCUCCAGAAUAUGAUGGAGGAGUAUAACGAGAUGGAGAGCCGUGGGGGUUCGCAAAAGCUUAGAAUGUUUCUCUUCUCUCUCAGCGAUUUGGAUGUCUCUCUUCUGGGGGUUAAGCAUAAUGAUGUCGACUCUGAGUUUCAGUAUGUGGUAGCUGUAAAUGACAUGGACAUUGGUUCAAGAAGCAACUCGACCCUUAAUGGAUUGGACAGCUCUUCUGCAAACAAUUUAGCUGAUCUGGAUGUGAGGAGCACCGAGGGAAUCAAUGGUGUUGUCCCUUCGCAGUUAACCGGGUUUGAUUUCCAGCAAUCCUCUAUGCAGUAUUCUGAGUCUGCGCCACAAAGCUCUUUGCUACAACAGUAUCCUCAAUCUAUUCCACACAAUGGUGCAUUUCAGUAUCAGCAAGCUGUUCCUCCAAAUCCUACUCUUCAGUAUGCCCAGUCCAUCCCACCAAGUCCCACUCUUCAGUAUCCCCAAUCUAUUCUACCAAAUUCGACUCCUCAGUAUCCGCAGUCGAUUUCCUCCAGCUCCUACGGAGUAUACCCACAGUAUUAUGAAGAAAGGCAGCAGUUUCCAAUGCAGCAUGAACAGAGUUCUUCCAAUUACUCUAUUAACAUGCCUUUCCAAGGGCAGCCAUACCCUCACCCUGGCAUCACACAGCAAAACUCAGCUGUGCAGGCAGAGGAUCUUAACAUAAAACCUGAGACAAAAGUCCGUGAGAAUACAGAGCCUGAAAGUCGUCAAGCUUUGGCAAAGGAGCGCCAGAAUCCUCCUCAAGCGGAUAACAUUGAGGUACUUAAGAAGCCCUGUGAAGUUCGGGAGGCAUCAGUGUCUACAACUGUACCUACUCAGGAUGCUGCAAAUAUGUUGCCCCCAAGAAGAGACCCGCGGCAGACCAAUCCUGUGAAGCCUUCUACCUAUCGUGAUGCUGUUACUGCUGAUCAGGUUCCUGUAUCUGCUGAAGAUGAUCAGCUUUCAACAUCAAAGGGUACCACUGGUCUUGUCCAUACUGACUCUGAGUCAAAUUUAAUUGAUCUUGAUUAUCCAGAGCCUCAACAGCCCACGCCCACACGGAGGGUAUAUGGUUCGGAGAGGAUACCUCGUGAACAGUUAGAAAUGCUAAACCGCCUGUCCAAGUCUGAUGACUCGCUUGGCUCUCAGUUCUUAAUGUCUCAUUCACAAGCUAGCACUGGACAGCAAGAUCCAGCAAAACAAGGAGAGGGUAAAUCACAGAAAGAUUCCCAUAGUGUUAAUGAAACAAUCUCUGAAAAUGAUGAGCAAAAUGUUUUAAACUCUGAUGCUUCCAACAAGAACAGACUGGUCAAUGGUGGAGGGAUCGAGACUGGAGCUCCUAAUUUGAGCCAUACAGACUCAGCCACGACUCAUGUUAUCCCUGAAGAUCAAGCUUCUGCAGGUGUUGUUAUUGACAUCAAUGACCGGUUCCCUCAAGAUUUCCUUUCUGAAAUCUUUGCACAGGCACUCUCUGAGGAUAUGCCGCCAGGUGUCAAUCCAUAUCAGCAUGAUGGAGCAGGUGUUAGUUUGAAUGUAGAGAAUCAUGAUCCUAAAAACUGGUCUUAUUUUCGGAAACUGGCUGAGGAACAGUUUGACAGAACCCCUGGUUUCCCAUCUGAUAUGGAAGAUGGUGGAGCGAUUUCCAGGUUUAAUCACGCUGAACAAUUGACUAGAGAUGGCAUUCCAGCAGGAAACCACGUGGAUCCUAAAGCUAAUGAUUAUGUUGCUGGCACUAGAGAGGGUGUACAAAUGAAGGUCACAGAGAGUGAGGAAUUUGGUGCUAUGGUUGAGAAUCUAAGGACGCCGGAUUGUGAACAUGAGGUUGAAAAGUCAGAACCAAGGAAUGCUGGACUUGCUCCACUUGGUUCCUCUCUGACAGAUUACGAUACAAGUGGCUUGCAGAUCAUUAUGAAUGAAGAUCUCGAGGAGCUAAAGGAGCUUGGUUCUGGCUCGUUCGGUACAGUGUAUCACGGGAAAUGGAGAGGAUCAGAUGUUGCCAUCAAAAGGAUAAAGAAGAGUUGCUUUUCUGUUCGAUCAUCUGAACAAGAGAGAUUAACUGGUGAAUUCUGGGGAGAGGCUGAAAUUCUUUCAAAGCUUCAUCAUCCAAAUGUGGUUGCAUUUUAUGGUGUUGUCAAAGAUGGUCCUGGUGGAACAUUGGCAACUGUAACAGAGUACAUGGUUGAUGGUUCUCUGAGACAUGUUCUAGUCAGGAAAGAUAGACACUUGGAUCGUCGUAAGAGGCUAAUCAUUGCCAUGGAUGCUGCAUUUGGAAUGGAAUAUUUGCACGCCAAAAACAUUGUUCACUUCGAUUUGAAGUGUGACAAUUUACUAGUGAACCUCAAAGAUCCUUCUCGCCCAAUCUGCAAGGUUGGUGAUUUCGGUUUGUCGAAAAUCAAAAGAAGUACAUUGGUAUCUGGUGGUGUACGUGGAACCCUACCAUGGAUGGCACCAGAGCUUUUAAACGGUAGCAGCACCAAAGUUUCAGAGAAGGUUGAUGUCUUCUCUUUUGGUAUAGUCUUGUGGGAGAUUCUAACCGGAGAAGAACCGUAUGCUAAUAUGCACUAUGGUGCAAUAAUAGGUGGGAUAGUGAACAACACACUGAGGCCAACCAUACCAAGUUACUGUGACUCAGACUGGAAAACAUUAAUGGAGGAAUGUUGGGCGCCUAAUCCGACGGAACGGCCAUCCUUCACAGCGAUAGCCGGACGGUUACGUGUGAUGUCAACUGCAGCAACUUCGAACCAAUCCAAACCACCAGCUCACAAUAAGGCUUCCAAGUAA